AACAUGCACACGCUGCAUUUUUCUAACAAACAUCUCUGCCUAUGUGAGAAACACAAAUACAGGGCAGGAUAAUAAGCUGCAGUGAUUCUACAGUGCCGGUAUAACUUGUUAAUGCCUACGAACUAUAUACACCUCUGACAGACAGUUUUUGUGCUUUAACACAUUCCAUAAGGAAUUACAAAAAAACGUUGACAAAAUAAAUUGUGGAUUUGUUUGUAACAGAUGUAAUAUUAUACAUUAUAGAUAGGAACCCCAUGAUAACAGUAAAAUGACUAGGGGGAUGUUAUAAUUAACAUUUUAAUCUUUAUUAAGUCGAAGAUCCUACAGGAACUACAUAUCUGAUAGUCUGUGACAGAAAGUCCCCAGUAUAAUGCAUUCAAGAACUUACUUAUUAUUAGAGAGGGAAUACCAGGAGCUUAAAGAAAGCCAACUAUUUGGCAUUUUCGCAGCACCCAUCAGUGAUAACUUGUUAGUGUGGAUAGCUAAAGUGCAAGGACUUAAAGACUCAAUCUGGGAAGGAGCAGUUCUACAGCUUUCCAUUACAUACACAGAGAAGUACAAUUAUGAAUCUCCAAGCAUUAAAUUUAAUACAAUUCCGUUUCAUCCAAAUGUGGAUCCAGUGUCUGGAAAGCCAUGUCUUCCUUUUCUGGAUAUUCCUGAACAAUGGAACCCACCUAUCACAAUGAGCAGUAUGCUGCUAACCAUACAGGCCAUGCUUUCUAACCCAGUAUUAGAAAAUGCAGUUAACCUAGAAGCUGCUCAGAUGUUGAAGAUCAACCCAUCAAUGUACAGGGUGGUUGUUUUAAACUGUGUACGAGUCUGUCGUUUGAUUGAAUAUGAGUCUCUGCAAAGUUCUGCCACAGUAAGAACAAUAGAAGAUGUAAACACCCCAUCUCAGAAAAGAAAGAUAAAGCCCGUCUCGUUUGAAGAUUAUCAUAGAAACUGGACUGAGAUUGCAACAUCUAAACCUGCAGAAGAUUUAAACCAUCUGAGUUGUAAAGAAGCUACUUCCAAUACAGGAAAAUCUUCACAGUGGAAUUACAAUGAAUAUUUAAUAAUUCGCAAUGCUGAAACAUCAGCGAAGCAUUUCAUAUCAGAGAUGGAUAUCCAGUUCCACACACUAGACAGUUUAGCAGUACAUUCAGGGAAACGCCGUUUGACCUCAGUAACCCAUAUUAAGAAGAGAGAGAAAUUGUCCAAUGGAAGCAGUAAUAUGAAGACUGUAAGCUCACACCAUGGAAUUGGGUCUGACAGAGAGCCCUGGGAAACAGAAGUGGACAAGCUGGUUGCCUGGACUGAUAGCCUUUCUAUAGCAUUAAUAGAUGAUUAAAAAAUGCAUGACACUGAAUUCUUGAAAUACACAGUAAAUUAUAAAUGUUUUUCCAUUGCUUCAACAGUUCAUAUGCAACUUUCAGUGCCUUUAAAACGUAAAGCACACAUAAGAGGUGUAUCCCCCUGUUAG